AUCGCUUUUCCUUCAAUUCAAUCCCAUAUUCUUUUCAAAGCUAAACGGAAAUCAAUACCAUAGGAUUCACGCCAUGGAGACCUCUGUCAUUUCUUGCAGGACGGUUUCAAGGCUGCCGGCGGCAAGGUUUGAUUUCGGCCGACGGUUUACCGGAGAGUUGAAUCUUGGUGUUGGAGGUUCUAGGAUUUCGGUUAGGCCGAGGGACAAAUCUUGCAGGAGAUUGAGUUUCCAGUUUUUUGAUUCAGGGCAUGUCGAGUAUUAUGUGUCGCCGAGGAGUGGUGGUUGUGGUGGAGGCGCCGCCACGAAGAAAGACAAGGGAAAAAACUCCGAUAUCAGGAGAGUCAAGAAGAAGUUGAAGCUUAUGAAGAGAUUGUCCAAGGACUUGUCCAUGCUUCCAGAGAUUGCUUCCGGUGAGGAUAUUAGGAUCGGAUUGGCCGCUGAAGUUAAGGUGACGAUGAUUCAGGAAGCAAGUGAUGUUUUGUUGGCACAACUGCAAAAGUUGAAAUCAGAACAAAAGGUAUUAAAGAGAAAAUUGAAAGAGGAACGAGCUCAGCUCAAAGCAGCUUUGGUGAAAUCAGAGUCAUCGUCAUCUUCUUCUUCCUCUGAGUCAAGUGAAAGCGAAUGUGGGGAGGUAGUUGAUAUGAAAGCCCUGAGAAACAAUGCUUUGAAACCAUCCCUCGAGAUAGGGCCACCAACAGAAGCACCAACGGUGGCAGAGGAUUCAACACAAGCUAGCUCUCUUUUGGAGCUCGAAAACUCGGAUUUGAUCCCCCAGAUUCAAGUUCGAGUUCCUUGUAUCGGUUUCGAUGGUGAAUGUUGCAGCAGCAGCAGCUCAAAUGGCUUGGAAGGGACAUCAUCAACCAAGAAGAUUGAAGUUUGCAUGGGUGGAAAGUGCAAGAAGCUGGGAGCUCCUGCAUUGUUAGAAGAGUUUGAAAAGAAGGUGGGUGCAGAAGGCACCGUUGUUGCCUGCAAAUGCAUGGGGAAGUGCAGGACCGCUCCAAAUGUGAGGGUCUCGAACAACCAAAGCGAAACUGCUUCAAGAAUCAAUGAAGCCUCUGUUAGGCUUGGGAUCAAUCCUACAUGCACUGGUGUUGGGUUGCAAGAUGUUGAUUUGAUAGUGGCAAAUCUUUUGGGCAAGGACAUAGAUGAUGAAUGCUUGAUGCUCUCAUCUUGAGUCUUCAUUUUGUUUCAUUCUUUGAUUAUUAUUGUUAUGGAUUAGUGUGAAGAGGAACUAUAGUUUAUGUGCUAUAGGAUCUAGUUGAAAAAUGUAAAAAUGCUUUCAUCUUUCAGUUUUAAGCAGUAAUGUCAAAUGCAGCUUGAGAUUUUUAGUUUGUUCU